AUUGAUUUGAGCGUCGGUGAAGUGCAUGACACUAAGAACCAAGUGUUUUGUGAGCUACACAUUGUAGAUCUGCCAAAUUCCAGAGCUGCACUGGGCCGUAGUCCACUUUCACUGCUGCACUCACCACUGGCUUAUCUUACUCUUUCUUCACUAUGGAUCUUCAAUCAACUAUACCGUCUUCUACGAUAUUCUUAGAACUACAAACAGUCCACGAUACGGGUUAUUUCUAUUCUCUGCCUUCACUGGAGGACGAUUGGGCACAGACACGACUUGAAAUGGAUCGAUAUUUGUGUCCAGAACCAAGUGCUGUAGAAAACAAAGAAUCAAAUUUAGGAACUCCAACACCAUGGAACGAAUUUCUAUUACCGUUUGACGAGACUACAUUUCCUUUCGGUGACGAUUGGGAUUUAAAGCCUAUUGACUUCAAUACAUCGCCAAAUUCAUUGCCAACUGUACCUACUGUUCUACCCGAAACUCCAACUGAACCAAAGCAACCGUGUGUGGAGCUCACGGUAAAACCUCUAAAGMUCAAGUUACCUAUCCACGUUUCUGGGGAUCUCAGUAAGGUGUCUAAACCAGUAUUACCAUUAACUCCACCGAGCUCACCAGAGUCCCCUCUACCUUCAAUCGUAAAUCAACAACGGGCACCGCGACCUGUCUCGCGUGCACCUCGCACUAAAGGUAGCAAUGCAGCUAACACUAGUAGACCUAGUAGUCCGAAGGACGGUGCCGAAAGCAAGCGUAGGGUUCACCGUUGCAAUUUCAGUGGCUGUCGUAAAGUCUACACUAAAAGCUCACAUCUUAAAGCUCAUCAACGCACGCACACAGGAGAGAAGCCGUACAAAUGUUCUUGGGAAGGAUGUAAUUGGCGGUUCGCUCGUUCUGAUGAACUUACUCGCCAUUAUCGAAAACACACUGGAGCAAAACCGUUCAAAUGUGUGCACUGUGAUAGAUGUUUUUCAAGAUCGGACCAUUUAGCUCUACAUAUGAAAAGACACGCGUAGAGAAACUAUGCUAGAGAAGAUAUUUUAAUUUAGAAUCCAUCUCACAAACUGCCAUUGUGGAGAAUUAGAAUAUUUCCAUAAAUAAUUCAAAGUCGGGCACCCCAGGUGCUUUGACGAGGCACCGAGAACUCGUCAUAUGAUAUUCGUAACAUAUGAUUCAAAAACAACGCGAAACGACGACAACCAUGGAGCAGCAUGGAUUCCACGUACUUUUGCUGCGUUCUUUAGACGUUAUUUGAAUUGGAAUUGCUUGUGAGUUCACACUUUGUCUAAAAGACAAGUGGAAAGCAGAUUGUUUGCAUACAAAUGAGUUAGCGGAAGGAAAGACAAGAGAGAAUAGCUUAGUUGAAUUAUCCAGUUGUUCAAUCAGAACGUAAGAAAAGAAAUAGCAACCAAAGAUUUGAGAAUACUCUAAUUACAGAUGUUAAGAACACGCAAGACGCGCGUUCUUUUUCUGUCUAAAAACAAAAACAUAUAAUGACAUGGUCGAAUAAUAUGUAUAUAUUCUAGGCCUACAAUGACCCAACUCCAAAUCAUUACAUUCACAUGAAAAUAACAUAAAGUAUAUAGAGUCAAACUUGUAAAUACGUCCACGAUGCUAGACAGUCAAUUGAAUUGUAUAUAAAAAUAUUAAAAUUGAAGACGAAACGACAA